GACAACGACUUGGUUUGACUUCCGUGUAAACAACCAGAAACGCACACACACACACAGUCAAGGUGCAAAACAAAAUGAGUGUUCUAAAUGAUGGACGGAAUGAAAUCCGAAUUAACAAUUCUGACGCAAAAUGUCUGUUAGAAAAUUGGGUUGAGGAGCGAGUGGUUCAAAGUCUUUAUCCAGAUGAUGAAGUUGAAAAGACAGGAAACAAGGCUCAACUCUUUCGUAGUGGAAACCAAGGGCUGUUAACUAAUGACUUAAAUGCAAAAGCAGAAAAUUUAACAGUUGUUCGAGACACGUACAGACCUCCAACGAAACCACCUGUCCGGCAAAGAGGUCAAAAAGAAGAACUUAUGGAACUAAUGUUUCUUGAACAAGUUGUUAACGAAAUGAAGUCAAAUGCUGUCGAUCCAGAACGGGAAGUUGAGGAGUAUAAAUCGAUCACUAUGAAAGAUUUCAACAAAGAUGAUUUUGUCUCUGUCCCACCAGCGCCCACAGCUUGUCACGAUUAUAAAACUGAACAACCAAUAACAUUUUGGUCGGAGCACAGAGACAAAGUGACGGGCGUUUCUCAAACUAAGACAGAUUCAGCGUUCAGGAAAAACGAUGCAUUCAGUAAACCUAUUGAUGAAUACUGGAACGAACCUGCACCAUAUGAACAAGAGGAAUAUCCAAAAAUGUGAAACCUAUGACAAAAAUGUACAAAAUACAGAUUAUGAACUAGUUAAAAUGUACAUACAACACAUUCCUGUUUCAUUUCAACUUGUGAAAGAAAAACAGAAGCAAUAUUUAUAUUAGUACUUAGGGAUGCAGUUAAUAUCUAUUUAAAUAUUAAAACUAAUAUGAUCUUUAAAAAACGUAUAAAUAUAUAUCAAUAUUAAUUUUGCAAGUUUUGACAAAUUUAUGAAAAUUAUUUUAUGCAAAAAAAACACCUAAAGCACAAAUUUAGAUAAUAAAAAUUAAAAAUUGCAUUCCUAAUGUACCAAUUUUAGACUUGUCAGUUUUGACAUAUUCACAUCUUCAUUCAAUCACUGAAGUCGACAUCAGAAACAGGAUUCAUGGGAACGUUCAUCAUAAGAUGGGUCACUCAAGAGUAUCACUUUGUUCACAAGCAGCAAAUCAUGUUUGUCAUUCUGUUGCUUUUAAUGUCAUAUAUUUAUUUACCACUAUAUUGGUUGGUCUUGUUUAUUGCCGAUUUCUUUGUUUAUUUCUGAUUGGUAAUAGAGUGUUAUACUGAUGGUACUGUACUUUGAUCAAUCAUGUUGACAGAUGAGGGAUAUUUUUAUUUUUAUUGCUGUAGUUUUGCUACAAUUCCUUAAAAGUAUGUAUACCAGCAGGAUCCCAACUAAAGUUGUGGAAUCUAGCCAGGAGUAUCAAUCUAAAGACACACAGUAGAAAUGAUGUGCAUACUUCCCAAUUUCUGAAAUCUGUCUGUAAUAAAUGUUUAGAAAAAUACAAAAUGUAGUUUUAAGUUUUUGUUAAAUGAUGGUUUAUGAUAUUAGUCUUUUAAAUUUUAUUUCUUCAUGCCAAAUUUAUUAAUAUAAAUGUUGACUAUCCAUGAAUUUUAAACAAUUGUUGCUCACUUUUAUUUUUUGGGCAGUUUUAUUGUGACCUAAUUCAACCAGAUGACAUUUUAAAAUAUAAUAUUGAAUUAAAUCAGUUCAUGCAGAA